AAUUAAUCCGUCACUUGGUAAUUUGGCUAAUAUUUAAUGCAAAUUAAAAUGUUUUUGGAGUAUAUUAAUAAACCACACCGUCGAUGCACGGUCAUUUUUAAUGUUAAGCAGUUCCGCCACUCUUAGGAGCCGUUCAAUUUAAUAUCUAAAUGCUAAAACACAUCCACUUUUGAACCAUUUUCAUUCGCCAAUACCGGUAACUUUACCUAAAACGUAUAAAUACGUAUUUUUAUACACCAGUCGCACAUUUACUGGACUUGAUAGUUUAUUAAAAUAGCCUCCAAAUGCAAAGCAUACAGUAUGCUAACCGUUUUAAACGCUGAGGUAAAUACGAAUAUUGACAUUAAACUGACCCCUCGCGCGCAUGUCACUCUCUUCACUCAAGUCUAAAGUCUCACGUUUCUAAUUUAUCUUUAUUAAGCAAAUGGGAACUAAUUAGCGGACGUGGUGCAAUACCGGACAGUUGUUACUCGUUUAAUCCCCUGUCAGAGACGGGAAUAAUCAUAUUCGCCCUCCGCUGGCUUUUAUUUCGUUUUAUCCCGCGAAUGUGCCCUUUGCCCCUUUAUUCGCGGACUGAACUGCGCCAUUACGAAUGCCUUUUUCUCGCAGUCUUCGGCUCUCCGUCGUGUGUCCCCGGCAUGUAUCUGCCUAGAGAUAUCUGUGUACGGCGUCUCUUCAGUUCGCUGCACGCAAAAGUUGCGUUAUGAUGCGCGAAAGUUGAAGCGGUCGCGUUAGCUACGUGCUUUAGCUAGCGCGCUCGUCGCAAACUAGCCGUCUUGUCGUACUCUAAAGUACAAAAACGGGCUACAUUCGCCGUUGACAGGCUGUGCGCGGCGUCGCCGGUUUGAAACGACACCGAGGGAAUAACACGAGCGAGUAUCGACGCGGAGUGACCGUUUCUGCUUCGACCGCAUCCGACUGAAGCGGCGGCAUUUGUACGUUCGGUGACACUUUUGACAUUAGCGUCACUGUCAGCUAGCGCGGGGUUUUUUUUUUUUUUUCGUAAUCGUUCGGCGUUAAAGCGUUUUGCAUUCGCGCGGCCGAAGGGUAACUUGUACUGAGUUUUUGUCGGAGGGGCGUUUACCGCGUUGAAGCUAGCAGAAGCUUUUUGACGGGUAGAUCACGGGCUGUCGGGAGUUUGACAAGCGGCUUAUGUAAUGCUGGCGAUUCCCCGCUCGAGCGCAAAAGACGAAUAAACAACGCGCGGCGAAGUUUAUUUCGUGACACGGCUCGUGCGCGUCGUCGUUACGUCGCGUUUAUUAUUAUUUUUUUUUCCCGCGAGUUGUUUUCGCUGCAGCGCGUCUCUGUAAAAUGCGUUGACCAUGCGGGAAGUUAAACGAAAAACUAUUGCGGCCACCAUCUAAACCCUUAAACAGCUCUGGACUUGUAUAGAAAUGCAUUUUUCGCCAUUAAUCUUGUGAAGGACUGAGAAAUGGAUCGUGGACUAAAGCGCAGCAGUAGCAAUGCUGAGAAUAUCGGUGUCAAUGCUUUAAACGUGUCAAAAGAUUUCUCGAACGGACUGAGGGCUAGUGACGCUCAAAGAACCCUCUCCGUGGCAGAUCCACCCUUGAUGGGACGUGACAUACAAGAGCCAGAUGUUAAGGUAUUAAACCCUUUCAGAAUGCAGCACCAGCAAAAGGUAAAUGAGUCCCUCAACGCCGGGGAGGACUUUUUGCUCCUGGACGAGAGCAUCGCCGACUUAAACCGUGGUUCUGGCAUCCAGGUCCCUGAUACUUUCACAAUAAAAAUGGAGGAGUUUUCCCCCACGGAGAAAGACAGGCUGGACUUUUCGCCCUACGGCCAUCCGGGGAAGGAGAUUGACGGAAACGAGAGAGUGAUUGGAGACAACACCAUCGACAUCCUCAAGGAUCUGGACUUACCCGACUCUCUCUCUGACCUGAAUGAGUUUUCUGUUGCCGACGAAGCCGCCUUCCUCUCCUCGUUGGCAGUGGACGAUGCCCUUCUGGGGGAGAGCAACUUGCUGAAGGAUACCAGCCCUGUUGUCACUGGCAACGGUGCAGCCUGUGCAAACGUGAACGGCACGGGGAAACGGCAGCAGAUGGUGGAAGCCAGUGUCAACAUGCCGGUCAUAAAGACCGAGAAAGACCCAGACUUUAUCCAGCUGUGUACACCGGGUGUCAUCAAACAGGAAAAUGAGAGGCGGAGCUACUGUCAGAUGUCAGGGAUGGGAGAUAUGGGCGGACAGGGAUACCAUUAUGGAGCCAACGCUGCCUCAGCUGUGAACUUACCAGAUCAGAAACCUCCUUUCGGCCUGUUUUCUCCCUUAUCCGCCUUAAGCGACGGCUGGGUUCGAGGAAAUGGAUAUGGAGAUCCGUCUGGGAUGCAGAGAGCCAACGAGACGGUACUUCCGUCCUCCUAUCCGUACAGCAGUUCUUUGGCCAGGCCUGAAGUGAGCAGCUCCAGUCCAUCAGGAUCAGUUAAGCCUGGUGGAAACACCCAUAAGAUCUGCCUGGUGUGCUCCGAUGAGGCCUCUGGAUGUCAUUAUGGGGUGCUCACCUGUGGCAGCUGCAAGGUUUUCUUCAAAAGAGCCGUGGAGGGAUGGAGAGCACGACAAAACGCAGAUGGCCAGCACAACUAUCUCUGCGCAGGAAGGAAUGAUUGCAUCAUCGACAAGAUCAGAAGGAAAAACUGCCCGGCGUGCCGCUUUCUCAAGUGUCUUCAGGCCGGCAUGAACUUGGAAGCUCGCAAAAACAAGAAACUGAUGCGAUUACGGGGUCAUUCGUCCUCGAGCGAGCAGGCUCCGCCGCUGCCUGACGAGCGCAUGUGUUCGCUGGUGCCCAAAGCAAUGCCCCAGCUGGUGCCCACCAUGCUGUCUCUGCUCAAAGCCAUAGAGCCUGAGAUCAUAUACGCGGGCUACGACAGCACCAUCCCGGACACCUCCACCCGCCUCAUGACGACGCUGAACCGCCUGGGAGGACGACAGGUCGUGUCUGCAGUCAAGUGGGCCAAAGCCCUUCCAGGCUUCAGAAACCUGCACCUGGAUGACCAGAUGACGCUGCUGCAGUGCUCCUGGCUCUUCCUCAUGUCCUUCGGCUUGGGCUGGAGAUCCUACCAGCAGUGUAACGGAGGCAUGCUGUGUUUCGCUCCGGACCUCGUCAUCAACGAGGAGAGGAUGAAACUACCUUACAUGAACGACCAGUGUAACCAGAUGCUGAGGAUCGCCAAUGAGCUGGUCAGGCUGCAGGUGUCCUACGACGAGUACCUCUGCAUGAAAGUGCUCCUGCUCCUCAGCACAGUACCAAAAGACGGCCUCAAAAGCCAAUCUGUGUUUGAUGAAAUCCGCAUGUCGUACAUCAAGGAGCUGGGCAAAGCCAUUGUUAAACGAGAGGAGAACUCCAGCCAGAACUGGCAGAGGUUCUACCAGCUCACUAAGCUUUUGGACUCGAUGCAGGAGAUGGUGGAGGGGCUUCUCAACUUCUGUUUCUACACAUUUGUGAAUAAAUCUCUGAGCGUGGAGUUCCCCGAGAUGUUGGCGGAGAUCAUCAGCCACCAGCUACCAAAAUUUAAAGACGGGAGUGUCAAGCCUCUUCUGUUCCAUCAGAAAUGACAGCCUUAGAUCAUAACAAUGCCUUAACGCCACCCUUUUCUUACCAGCGCUAGUCCAACCUGCCCAUUUCUCCCAGCAUCCCGAAUGAAUUGAGGGACACAGUCGCUUCUGCUUGAUUCUCUGAGAGGAAGAGGCGAAGUUUCGCUCUUCGGAAAUCUUCGCGGAGCAGGACAAAGGACGUGGUUGGGUGUAUUUGGAGCAGACCGAUUACGACUUGGAGAAAUGAGAACAUUAACGUUGGUUUUUUUCUUUUUUUUCGCAUGUACACUGCUGAAAUGUUUACAAAGGUAUAUCAAAAAAGGGAAACGUGCCUUUUUUUGCGCUUUGCGAAUCGAUUUCAAACAUUUCUCAGGCUAACGCGAUGACUUGGCAUACGAAACGUCUGCCCAUGUCUAAACCUGCCGUGAUGCUUCUCUGUAGGUGACAGCUCGACGCAUCCCACGAAACAACCGCAUUAGUCUCGAUGAUCGCAAUCAGGAUCCGUUCUGACGGCAAACACCGAACGCUCACUCAAAAAUUCUUACAUGGAGUCUCCCAAAAUGGUUUCUUUUCCCUCAUGUUGUUCCAAACCUGUAACUAACUCGGUGGAACACGAUUCGGAAUCAUUUCCUGGUUGAUAUUUUCAGUACAGUUUCAACGAAUGGAGAUAAGAGCUUUAUGAAACAUGCCGUGAACGUUGCAAACGUCUUGUGAAAAUGGCUCAUCCAUCUCGCUUCAUAACACGGUAUGGCGAGCAACCUAAAUCAAAGUCAUUAUUCACCCAGAACGAGAACCAGAUCAGUCCGGUCCACGUUUAGUGAUCUUGAUCAGCUGAUUUAAUACAAACGUGACUCGAAAGAACGAUAUUUUUAUGAAUCAGACCGUUCAGUCGAUCCUCAUUGUCGAUAAAAGGCCAGGCUUUUUUCGAUUUAUAAUUUUCCCCCCUCAAAGUGAUUCGUUUGCAAACAGCGUGAGGUUGAGGAAAUUAUUUAUGUGUGUGAUCCUGGACCACAAAACCAGUCGCUGGGGUAUGUUUGUAGCAAUAGCCGAAAAUACAUAGUGUAGGUCACAAUUAUUUAGCAAAAAAAAAACGUUAGCAUAUUAAGUAAGUAUCAGCUUCCAUGAAGAGAUUUAGUAUAUUUUCUACUUUAUAUAUAAAAAUUUAAUUGAUUAAUAAUUGAUUAACUUUAUUUGGGUGAUUUUCUCCUAUACAUCAAUAAAAAGCAGAUUUAUAAAAAUUAUGGUUUUGUGGUCCAGGGCCAUAUAUAUUAUUUUUAAUUUUAAUAAGCGUGAACUAUUAUUGUUAUAACUAUUUUAUUACCUCAGGUUCGCAAUUGUGACUCGCAAGCAUUUGCAGGUGAAGAAAGAGAUGAAAUCAGUCAAGAAGUUCAGGGUUAAUUGAUCAGAUAUCCAUCCAUUCUAGUGCAUCCCAGCAUGCUCUCGCGUUCAUGCCAUUCAGUGAAUGUUCGCGCUCGCUUGAAGUUGCACAUCUGCCGGCAUCUUUUUUUUUUUUGUUGUUGUCGUGCCGUUUUUAAUCGAAACGUUUUCGGAAUUCUCUCUGCAUAUUCUAAAUCUGGCAACCCAUUCGAGGCCCACAAGUUUUGACCCAUUUUUCUCGUCGUGUCUUUGAAGUGUCCCCGCGGUGCCAAGCCACAAACGCACUCUUUUGUGGUAACAUCAGAACAAAAGGAACAUUUGUUGUCCUCGCGCUCAUGUGUUCUCUCAUUGUUACGUGUCAGCUGACAUCGCCGUCUGCGCUUCAGGGGUUUUUUGCUUAAGUACCAGCGCAAAGGAAUAAUAAUUCACCCAAAAAUGAAAAUUGUGUCACGAUUUGCUCUCCGCCGCAUGUCCUUCUGUUUCUAUCUCUAUGUUGUACGGAAACGAGCUGGGUUUGGGUGAGUAAAUAAUUACAGAAUUUACAUUCGUGUAAUAUUCCUUCUAUAUUAUUCCUCGUUUCGGGGUUUUUUUUUGCACUUGGGUAUCCUGCACAUUUCGGGAAUUUCUAGCGUUUCUGUAUAUAAGACAAUUGAAUUCAAACAUUGACCUAACAAAACUAUUUAAAAAAAAACCCCAACUAUAUUUGUUUGACUCGGAUGAUUAACCUGUUCAUUUUGCCACUAUGGCCAUGUACAGUAUUAAAAAGUGACGGCGAUCAGAGGCUAUUUUUAAUUUUUUUUGGAGCGCUGCCCAAGCCACUGUUUGUUUAACGCUCAUUUCCAGCUGCUGAUGUGAAACUGAAAUGUCACAGUACAUAUCCCAGUCCUCCUGUCGGAUUCCUCAAAUAUUUUAGCGUAUUUUAAGAGGCUGUUUUUUACGAAUUCCUCGCUAGGUUUGUGAGAUGUCGCGUUUUCUAUUCGUUUCACAGUAGGCCUUGCGAAGGGAGCUUGUGAGCCAUAAAACGCAGGUUGUAUAAAUUCAGAGGUGUGCUGAAAUGUCUAGAUGAUAUUUUUGUUUGUUUGGUAAUCAUUGAUCAUUUUUAAAAGCGACUAAAAUAUAAUUACACGGAUUCUCUUUGAUAUGCACAUCAUUUUACAGCAAGAUCAUUUUAAUACAAAGUCGUAUCGCUAUGUUUUGUUUUGUUUUUGUCAAGAUCUAUAUUGCAGAUGGACUUUUGGAAAAAAAAGUGUUAUGUUGUAAAUCUAUAGGGAAUAUACAGAGUAAUCACUGUUUUAAAGAACGACAGCUUGAAAGGUAUGAGGCGGGGGGUAAAAGUAUAUUUUGUAUAGUGCAACAGAGUGACCAAAGCAACGCAGAUUUCAAAAUAUUUAAAGCAGUUAUAUUUUACAGUAGCACUUACUACCCAACUCUAGGCUCUUUUUCCUUUCUUUUAUCCUUUUCUAUUUCUUUUAUAAAGAUUUAGGCUUUGGUCUCAUGUAUAAUGCUGUAAAAUUAACUAGUAAAAAUAUAUGUAAAAGUAAUGUAUCAGAGCCUGACAAUUUGCACUACCCUAAUACUGGCCUGACAUAGUAUAUUUUGUACAAAAAAAUCUUUAAAGAUUAAGGGCAAAUCAUAUUUCACUGGUAUAUGGCUUUCAUUAAAGUCUUUUUUUUUUUUUUUUUUUUUUUUUGGUUUUUGUUUUGUUUGCAUUUCAGUUAUAUGUAAAAUAAUCCAAUGUAAAGGAUAUACAAUGCCUAUUUGUUUGAAAAAAUAGUUUUGUAUGACUUCUGUAUUACACCUCUCCUGUAGUCAAUGUCGAUCUUUACACACAUUUGAUUAAAUGUUGGACAAAAUUUGUUCGGAGGGAAGGUAGUGUUUUUGUCGUGUUGUGAGAUCAUUGUGCUGUUUUUUUAUUUCUAUUGUAUAUGAAUGUCGUCCCAAAUUACACUCUGAUACACUGGUUUAUAUUAUUCUCAGCACUAUAACUGGUCUGUAAAGUUCAGAAUACAACAUUUUUAAAUAAAGGCGGCAAUUCUAUAGAAUAGUUCAUAUGUGCCAAGCAUACUAAGACUAAACCAGCUCCAACCAGACUUUGAGUUUUGCUUUUGAAACAAAAAAAACAACCAAAUUGUGAUUUUUUUUUUUCUUUAUUAUUUAAUACAACAAAAAUCUAAACUGAACCAUGUUUUUAUUCGUUUGACAUCCUAAAGAAUAUUAAGGCUCAGAAAAUUUUACAAACUUUUUUUUCUUAAUGUAAAAAGAUCAAUCAGGCUAUCAAAAAAUUAAGUUAGUGCGCUACAAUAAAAAUAUAUAUAAUUCACAUUUUACAAAAAAUUAUACCUUAUCAAUUUACAAUGUUAAUACACUCCAAAUGAACACGCAUCUCAUCCGAGAUAAUGCUUAAAUAAGAGUGGUUUCAUAUGACGUUAAUUCACAUUAAGAAAUAAUUUACACUUACAAGAAAGGAGCAAAAAAAAGGGAAUUCUGUAUCUUUAGAAAUGCUUCCUGAUAUACAAAAGAGUGCAAGAGCUUUUUUUUUUGUUUUCCAUAAUUAACAGUUAUCUCUUAGUAGUUCUAAACCAAACAGAUACGAGGACCUGAAGGACACAAAAAACAUUCAAAAAGCCUCAGACUGCAUAGAAACGGCACACAUUUUACAUCAUGGAGAACCAGGAAGUGCUCGCACAUAAAAGCAUUAUUUUAAAAAACGAAUGGCGAU